CGUCACACAGAAAGCAAAGACACUGGGGGAUAAAACACACUGUCCUCCUCCUCUACAGUUCACGGAAUUUACAUGUUUUAACGAGGAUAUCUUCACAUGCCAACACCGGAUAUUUAUGAACAUCUGCACAGGUUUAUAUUAGUAGCGUUAGCUUGACGGGAAAAAGAAAGCAAGAAUGGAUCAGAAUUUAUUUGGUGGGGCUCCACGCUUCCUAACUCGACCCAAAGCCUUCUCGUUGUGCGUGGGACGAGAUGCCUCCCUCAGCUGCACUAUUGUGGGGAACCCUGUUCCUGUAGUCACCUGGGAGAAAGACAAGAUGCUUCUUUCGGCAGGUGGACGCUUCAAGAAAGUAGAAGAUGGUGACGUUUACCGACUUACCAUCUACGAUCUAACUCUAGAAGACAGUGGGCAGUACAUGUGCCGUGCCAAGAACAACGUUGGAGAGGCAUAUGCGGCUGUGACCCUGAAGGUGGGACUGCCGGAAACUGUGAUUGAUCGCGCCCCAGUGUUUACAGUCAAGCCUGUCUCCACCCGUGUGGGUCUAGGGGGUGAUGUUACCUUCUAUUGUCGGGUGGCAGCCCAUCCGGCACCCAACUUUGACUGGGAAAAGGAUGGUCGCUACCUGGGUGAGACCAACCGCAUCAAGAUAAUCUCGGAAAAUGACUCCAGCUCCUUGAGGAUCCAGAGUGUCAGGAGCCUGGACAGUGGUACCUACACCUGCCGUGCACAGAACUCCAUUGGCCGUGCUCAGGCCGCUGCUGCGCUAGCGGUCGACCUUCAAGAUACUCGUCUCCUUAAUGCAGACAAGAGCACAUCCCUCCUGUCACACAUGCAGAAGCGGAAAGAAGAAAUGCGGAAAGACAUCUCCUUAUACCGCACCGUGGAAAGUUCCUCAACCACGCAUACAGCCUCAUCUUCCUCGAUCACCGAGGAACUUGGAAGCUUGGGACUCGGCUAUGAUCAGGAGCAGAGGGUUGCGGCCUUAACCAGCAUGUUGCCCAAAGGUGUGUUCACUCGCACCUGUAUGGUGACCGAGGGUAAACAUGCAAAGCUUAGCUGUUUCGUCACAGGCCAUCCCAAACCUCAGAUCAUCUGGAGGAAGGAUGGGGCGAACAUCAGUGAGGGCCGCAGACAUGUGAUGUAUGAGGACCUGGCGGAGAAUUUCAUCCUCAAGGUGCUCUACUGCAAACAAAGUGAUAAUGGGCUUUACACCUGCAAUGCAUCCAACUUGGCUGGACAAACCUAUAGUGCUGUGCUAGUGAUCGUCAAAGAACCAAAGAUCCCAUUCAAAAAGAAGCUGCAGGAUGUCGAGGUGAAGGAAAAGGAAACAGCAACUCUGCAGUGUGAGGUGCCAGUGCCGAACACAAAGGCCAGCUGGUUUAUGGAGGAGACCCAUCUGGAGGAAAGUACCAAGUACCGCAUGGAUGUGGAAGGGACCCUGCGCCGCCUCACUAUUCACAAUGUCACCACCAAUGAUGAUGCCGUGUACAUCUGUGAGAUGAAGGAAGGCAGCCGCACGGUGGCCGAACUUACAGUGCUGGGCAACAUCACUAAAAAGCUGCCGAGGAGGACAGUGGUGCCAGUUAGCGAUACCGUGAUCUUCUGUGUGGAACUGGAGAAACCAGUAGAUGAUGCAUACUGGACCAGGAAUGGGGAGAGGCUGAAAGAGGACUCCCGAAUUAUUAUCGCCCGCAUUAACAGACAGUACACACUGACCAUUCGCGAAUGUACUGCAGAGGACUCGGGUGAGGUAGCUUUCAUCGCCCAUGACUGCAAGACAUCCACCCGCUUCUCCGUCACAGCACCGAGGAAACAUCCCCCAGAUCCCCCAGUUGAGCCAGUGGUGCGGAACAAGACGGAUUCAUCGAUCACACUGUGCUGGUCUCCACCAGACAGUGAACGGCCCGUGCCCAUCACCGGCUACAUCAUUGAGCGCAGGAAGGUGGGAGCCCAAACCUGGGUUAAAGUCACUAGUACGUCUGUGUCUAGCACUGAAUACACCAUCAGUGAAAUUUCAGAAGAAGCAAGCUAUCAGUUCCGCAUCUCAGCGGUCAAUGAUUUUGGUCAGAGUGCCUACUUGGAGGUUCCUGGAACGUUUUACCUUGAGCCCACAGCAUCAGUGAAGACAGGCCUGGUCAACUGCAGUGCACAUGUAGGUGAAGAAGCAACCUUCACUGUUGAGCUCUCAGCCGUAUGUUCCGGCUCCUGGACCAUAAAUGACAGAAUGAUCCGCAGUGGAUCUGAGUAUCUGAUCACACGCUCAAAGACCACACACACGCUGGUCAUUAGGGAGGUAUCCAUGGAACUAAAUGGAGCACAGGUCAAGUUUGUGGGUGGUGGAUCUCAGAGUGUUUCCACGCUUAGUGUGAAAGCCGCACCCGCACGUUUCACCAAUAAGUCUUCUCAGGUGGAAGUGUUUACUUUCAGCAUGCACUCCUCUGCUCAGAUGUACACAGAAGUGUCCGAUUCAAGCAUCCAGGUUGUCUGGAUGAAGAAUGGGAAGGAACUGAGGAUGGGUAAAAAAUAUGAAGCCACAAGUGUGGAGCGUAAACGCACACUGACAGUCCACAACGUUGACCAUGAAGAUGUGGGCAUCUAUGAAUGCAUGUUUGAUGGCGAUAAAAUGUCUGUCCAGCUUGCCCUUAAAGAAGAACCAGCUAAGUUUGUUAACAAGCCGAGGGCUCAGCCCCAAGAGAGUGAUGCUCUUAUGGGUGACGUGGUGUUGAGCUGUGAGGUUGCUUCUCCUGGAACUGCUGUUGUGUGGAAGAAAGAGCAGACAGAAAUAAUGGAGGACAAGAGGACAACUUUUAUAUCUCAGGGGACACAAAGGAAGCUGGUCAUCAGGGGUGCCAAGCAGAGCGAUGAAGGACACUACUCGUGUGAGACGGCAGAGGACAAAAUGACAUUCCUGGUCAAGAUAAAAGAAACUCGUGCUGCUUUCUCCAACAAAGACUCUUAUCAGAAGGAGGUGAAGGUUUCAACCUCCCAAAAGGCCACACUGAGCUGUGAAGUUUCUGAUGCCAAAACUGAAGUGAAAUGGUUCAAGGAUGGCAAGCAGUUGAUUUCGAGUAAGACUGUCCACAUGGAGUCGAAGGGCAAGAGCCGCCAGCUCGUGCUGGAUAAUGUGGAGAAGAAGGAUGCUGGAGAAUACACCUGUGAAGCUGGAAAUGAAAAGCUGGUCUUUAAGAUUCGAGUGGAAGACAUACAAGCCGCCUUCUCCAACAAAGACUCCUAUCAGAAGGAAGUCAAAGUAGCUGCUUCCCAAAAAGCCACACUGAGCUGUGAGGUUUCUGACCUCAAGACUGAGGUGAAAUGGUUCAAGGAUGGUAAGCAGUUGAUUUCCAGUAAGACUGUCCACAUGGAGUCAAAGGGCAAGAGCCGUCAGCUCCUGCUGGAGAACAUUCAAAAGAAGGAUGUUGGAGAAUAUACCUGUGAAGCUGGAAAUGAAAAGCUUGUCUUUAAGAUUUGUGUGGAAGAUAUUCAAGCCACCUUCUCCAACAAGGACACCUAUCAGAAGGAAGUGAAGGUUUCAUCCUCCCAGAAAGCCACACUGAGCUGUGAAGUGUCUGACGUCAAGACUGAGGUGAAAUGGUUCAAGGAUGGCAAGCAGUUGAGCUCCAGUAAGACUGUCCACAUGGAGUCAAAGGGCAAGAGCCGCCAGCUGUUGCUGGAGAACGUGGAGAAGAAGGAUGCUGGAGAAUAUACCUGUGAAGCUGGAAAUGAAAAGCUUGCCUUUAAAAUUGAAGUGACAGAUGUUCAAGCUGCCUUCACCAACAAAGACUCCUAUCAGAAGGAAGUCAAAGUAGCUGCUUCCCAAAAGGCCACACUGAGCUGUGAGGUUUCUGACCCCAAGACCGAGGUAAAAUGGUUCAAGGAUGGCAAGCAGUUGAGCUCCAGUAAGACUGUUUUUAUGGAGUCAAGGGGCAAGAGCCGCCAGCUAGUGCUGGGAAAUGUGGAGAAGAAAGAUGCUGGGGAGUACACCUGUGAAGCUGGAAAUGAGAAACUUGCCUUUAAAAUUCAGGUGACAGAUAUUCAAGCUGCCUUCACCAACAAGGACACCUAUCAGAAGGAAGUCAAAGUAGCUGCUUCCCAAAAGGCCACACUGAGCUGUGAGGUUUCUGACCCCAAGACUGAGGUGAAAUGGUUCAAGGAUGGCAAGCAGUUGAGCUCCAGUAAGACUGUCCACAUGGAGUCAAAGGGCAAGAGCCGCCAGCUGGUGCUGGAGAAUGUGGAGAAAAAGGAUGCUGGAGAAUAUACCUGUGAAGUUGGAAAUGAAAAGCUGCCAUUUAAGAUUCAGGUUACAGAGCUCAAAGCUGCCUUCACCAACAAAGACUCUUAUCAGAAGGAAGUGAAGGUUUCAGCCUCCCAAAAAGCCACACUGAGCUGUGAAGUUUCUGACCUGAAGACUGAGGUGAAAUGGUUCAAGGAUGGCAAGCAGUUGAGCUCCAGUAAGACUGUCCACAUUGAGUCAAAGGGCAAGAGCCGUCAGCUGGUUCUGGAGAAUGUGGAUAAGAAGGAUGCUGGAGAAUACACCUGUGAAGUUGGGAAUGAGAAACUUCUUUUUAAGAUUCAGGUGGAAGAUGUUUCUACCAAAUUCCAGAAGACAUCCGUAACAAAAGAAACUGUGAUGGUCGAGUCAACAGAAAAGGUUGUGUUAAAAACCGAGGUGAUGUCAGAGAAUUGUAGUGUUAAGUGGUUCAGGGAUGGAAUAGAACUGAAAGACGGAUCAAAGUAUGAGAUGAAACAGGAAGGUUGCUCACGUGUCCUCAUCAUUAAGUCCUCUGAAUCUAAAGACAGCGGCACCUACUUUUGUCAGACGGCUGAUGACAAGGUUGAGUUCAAGGUUCAGGUCAAAGAUGCACCUUUAAAGUUUGUGGUGCCAUUGGAGCCUGUGUCUGCAGUACUGGAAAGCACAGUUACACUUUCCUGCAGUCUCAACAAAGCCACAAGUAGUGUGCUCUGGAAGCAUAAUGGCAAAGAAAUCAAAUCAGGUGGUAGAUUCAGUAUCCGCACCGAUGGCGCCAAUUGCAUCUUGACUGUGUCCGCUGUGGCUCAGGAGGACGAAGGAGAGUACAGCUGUGAAUGCAAAGAUGACAAGACCUCCACCAAAGUCACUACUAAAGCCCCACGUCUGGUGAGGUUCACUACCAAGCUGAACAAUGUUGUUGCAAAUGAAGGCAAAGAUGCCAUCUUUAAAUGCUCCAUCACACCAGCCGAUGUAAGUGUCAGAUGGCUGCGUAAUGACAUUCCUAUUACAGCUAGUCCCAAAUUUAAGAUCGCUCAUGGGGGAAGCAGCCAUUCCCUCAUCAUCACAGCUGUCACUCAGGAGGAUGCAGGAGAGAUCAGUAUCGAUGCCGAGGGGAAAAUGUGCAAAGCCACACUCCAAGUACAACAACUUCUUGUCACCUUCAAGAAGAAGCUUGCAGAUAUGACUGUUACUGAGCAGGACACAGUUCGUUUGGAAGUGGAGCUGAGUAAACCCUCAAAAGAUGUGAAGUGGAUGAAGAAUGGUGUGAUACUACAGCAAGGAGACAAUAUAGAGAUGUCUGUGGAUGGCGCCAGGCAGGCUCUGGUCCUCAAGAGUGUGGCGUAUGCUGACAGAGGAUAUUACUCAUGUGAAACCCUAGAUGACAAGACCCAGGCCAAACUGACAGUAGAGAUUAAAAAGAUUCAAAUAGUAAAAGGCCUAAAAGAUAUGAAAGUGCAAGAAAAAGAGAGCAUCACUAUGGAGGUGGAGCUCAGCAAGGCUGAUGUAGAAGGUUCCUGGAGCAAAGAUGCAAAGAAACUAAAGGCAGGACCAAAUAUCAUCAUUACAGCACAGGGUAACAAGCACUGCUUGACUAUGUCCCAACUGAAGAUAAGUGAUGGUGGAACUAUUACUUUCCAAGCUGAGGAUGUCUAUACUUCUGGCAAACUAAUUGUUACAGAACCUGCUGCAAAGAUCCUCAAACCUCUACGGGAUAUCAGUUCUCCUGAAAAGGAGAAAGUCACCUUUGAAUGUGAGGUGUCAAGAGCAAAUGCUGAUGUCAAGUGGUUUAAGGAUGAUGAGGAAUUGAAGCCAGGAAAGAAAUUUGGCAUCCAUUCCCAGGCCAACAAGCGCACUCUGAUCAUCCAUAAGUGUGCAUAUGAAGACCAGGGCCAGUAUAUAUGUAGAACAACAGAUGACAAUACCACGGCAAAGUUCACUGUUCACGCCAGAGAUAUUAAAAUAGUCAAGCCACUGCAGGACGUGGAGGUGACAGAGAAGGAGAGUGCAACAUUUGAUUGUGAGGUCUCUCACGAUGAGGUCGAGGCUCAGUGGCACAAAGGAGAUGCCAAACUUAAAGCAGGAGACAACAUAAAGAUAAGACAGGAGGGAAGAACAUACGUUCUACUCUUCAAAUCUGUAAAGGCUGAGGAUGCAGGUGAAAUCAGGUUCACAGCUGAGAAGGCCUCUUCAGUCGCCAAACUGAAGGUUAAAGAACUGCCUGUCAGAUUUGUGAAGAAACUGAGAGACAAAAUCGCCAUGUACAAACACCGCGCAUACUUAGAAUGUCAAGUUUCACGGGCCAACGCUAAAGUCACAUGGUACAAGAACAAGUCCGAGAUCAAACCCAGCAAGAAGCACGAGAUCACCAGUGAGGACAUCUACAGGAAGCUCACCAUCAUCGACGUGGACUCUGAUGAUGAGGAUACAUAUGUGUGUGACGCCAUUGAUGAUAAGACUUCAUGUCAGCUACUAGUAGAAGAGCAGGCUAUCAGCGUAGCACGGCAUCUGAGUUCUGUGGAAGUGACCGAGCCGUUUGCUGCCCGCUUUGAGGUGGAAGUCAGCGUGGAGACUGUCAAGCCAGUGAAAUGGAUGCUGAAUGGAGAACAGCUGAAGGAGUGUGCAGAUAUAGAGAUGGAAAAAGAGGGAACCAUGCACCGACUCACUUUUAAGAAAACCAAGCCCUCCAUGUCAGGCCCAGUACAGUUCACUGCCGGAAAGAGCAAAUCAACAGCUGAGCUCAAAGUGAAAGAGCGUCCCAUUGAAGUCCUGGAGCCUCUUAAAGAUGUGUCCGCCAAGGAGAAGACUUCCACCACACUAUGUUGCAAGUUCUCUGCCACACCAAAAGAAGUACGGUGGUUUAAGGGUCAAACUGCUUUGGAAGCUUCCAGCAAAUACAGCAUGAAGCAAAAGGACGCCAGUGUGCAGCUGAUCAUACAAGCUUUGAGUGCAGAGGACUCUGGAGAGUAUCGCUGUCAGGUUGGGGUCUGUGAGACCAAAGCUGUUCUCAAAGUAGAAGUGCGUAAAAUCCAGAUCACCAAACAUCUGACAGACGUGGAGGUUGAUGAAGAUGGUGAUGUGGUGUUCACCUGUGAGGUUAACUAUGCUGAUGAAGAGGUCCAGUGGACUCUCAAUGACAAGCUGCUCUUCAACAAUGAGGUCAAUGCCAUCACCCAUGUGGAUAAGACCCACACGCUCACCCUCAAGAACCUAGCACCUGAGGAUGGUGGGAAGGUCUCAUUCAGCAUCAGGGAUGUGAAAGAAACAGUCUGCCUAAAAGUAAAAGAGAAGAAAGCCAUCUUCUUGAAGUUGCUGGAUGAUGUAGUUGCAGAGGAGAAGGGUACAGUUACCCUUAAGUGUGAAGCCUCAAAGCCCAGAGUGGCCCCUGUGUGGCGCAAAGAUGGAACAGUCCUGUCAACAGGGGAAAAGUAUGAACUCCUCCAUGAUGGUAAGACCUUGGGACUUACUAUCCAUGAUGUCACACAAGCUGACGCCGGGGAGUACAGCUGCGAUCUUGGCACAGACCUCUCCAAGUCCAAGGUCACUGUUCGAGAUAUCCACAUUGGGAUCACCAAGCGUGUUAAAUCGGUAGAGGCCAAAGCAGGUGAAAACUGCACAUUCGAGUGUAUCUUGUCCCGAGAAAGUUCAGAGAAGUGCACCUGGAGCGUAAAAGGCCAACCUGUCACUGAUGGAGGGCGUUUCCAGAUAAGCAGCAAAGGGCGCAAGUAUACCUUAACAAUCAAAGCUGUCUCAGCUUCUGAUUCUGGUGAGGUGGUCUUCACUCUUAAGGAUUUGAGCUCAAAGGCAACACUUACUGUUGAGGGUGAAGCUCCUACCAUAUCAAAAGAGCUUCAAGGUGUCAGUGCCAAAAUUGGUGAAAAUGCCACAUUCUCCUGUGAGCUUUCUCAAUCUGGACUGGAAGUGAAGUGGUCAAAGGAUGGCAAGUCUAUUAGAAAAAGCCAGAAAUACGAAAUCAGUCAGGAGCAGAUGCUCGUAAAGCUGACAAUCCGCAACGUCACUGAAAAAGACUCUGGAGAAUACAGCUGUGAGGUCACCGGUGGUCCAACCUCCAAGGCUAAGCUGGAGAUCAAAGAACUGGCCAACAAAUUCAUUCAUGAGCUAAAGGAUGCCACUGCUGAAGAGAAGAGUGUUGUCUCCUUUGAAUGUGAGACAGCCCAACCUGCCUCUAAAGUCACCUGGCUGAAAGGAACAAAGGAGAUCAGGGCUGGAGGAAGGUAUGAGCUUAUGCAAAAGGGAACUGUCCUCAUCCUUAAAGUGAAGGAUCUAGAGAAGAGUGACAGCGAGGUAUACACCUGUGACAUUGGCUCUACGAAGAGUUCAGCGAAACUGACAGUGAAAGUGGUACCUGCUAGGUUUAAGGGUCAGAUGAAGAACCAGCAAGUUACUGAAGGUGGGAAAGUCUUACUUUCCUGUGAGCUCUCAAAACCCGGAAGCCAAGUGCAAUGGAAGAAGGGAACUGAAAGUCUGAAAAAUGGGGGAAGAUAUCAGAUAAUGCAGAGGGACACCAUGUGCGAGCUACAGAUUUCAGACUUGGUGCCUGAGGACAGUGGAGAAUAUUCCUGUGAUUGUGGAAAUGAAAACACAACAGCUAAUGUUGUUGUCAGUGCAUUACCAGUGGUCUUCAAACAUGAGCUAGAAAGCCAAGAUUGUGAUGAAGGAGACAGUGUUACUCUUCACUGUGAACUCUCAAAGCGUGGAGUUCCUGUUGUUUGGAAGAAAGGAACGCAGGUCCUGCAAUCUGGGGAAAAAUACCUCAUCAUGCAAGAUGGGGCUACUGUUGAGUUGAAGAUCACUGACCUCACACUUGAAGAUGCUGGACAAUACACAUGUGUGUGUGGGGACAAAAAGACUACAGCAAACAUUAAAAUCAAGGCAUUGAUCUUCAAAAGAGAACUACAAAACCAGGAGUGUCAAGAGGCGGACAGUGUUACUCUUCAGUGUGAGCUUUCCAAGCCAGGAGUUCCUGUGGUUUGGAGGAAAGGAACACAAGUGAUCCACUCUGGAGAGAAAUACCACAUAAAGCAAGUUGGUUCUGUUUUUGAACUGAAGAUCCCCGAUGUCAAACCUGAAGAUGCUGGAGUUUAUAGUUGUGAUUGUGGGUUUAGCAAAACCUCAUCUACCAUUACCGUCAAUGCACUACCAGUGGUCUUCACACAUGAGCUGCAAAACCUGGAGUGUGAUGAAGGAGGAAGUUCUACUCUGUCCUGCGAGCUUUCCAAACCUGGUGUCCCUGUGCAGUGGAAAAAAGGAAGCCGUGUUAUUCAGUCUGGAGGAAAGUAUGACAUCAGGCAAAUUGCCUCAAAGGUGGAGCUGAAGAUCACAGAUUUCAAACCUGAAGAUGAAGGAGACUACACAUGUGUAUGUGGAGACAAGGCAACAACAGCCCAUGUGAAGAUCAAGGAACCUGAAAUCACGAUCUUAACUGGCUUGAAGAGCUGCAUUGUCAAUGAAGGCGAGGACGUUCAUUUCGAAUGCCUUGUCUCUCAUGACAAUGCACUCAUUGUUCAGUGGACGCUGCAAGACGUUCCACUACAGAACAAUGAGAUGAAUGAAAUCCGAAUGGAAGGCAAAAGACACACACUUACACUAAGAAGUGUCACUCAAAAAGACUCAGGCACGGUGUCCUUCCAUGUGGGUGCACACACUUCUUUAGCCUGUCUUACAGUCAGAGCAGUCCCUGUGCUGUCGUUUGUGAAGGAGUUAACAAGCCAGGAAAUCACAGAGGGAGGCAGUGCCUCAUUAUGUUGCGAAACUUCAAUACCUGAUACCAGUGUGACCUGGAAGAAGGGUACUCAGGUCCUAUCUGAUGGAAAGAAGUAUUCCAUAAAGAGUGAUGGCAGAAUCCAAACCUUGGAAAUCCAUAAGCUAUCAGUGGGUGAUGGUGGCGAGUACAUAUGUGAAGCAGGAGACAAAAGAAGCAAAGCUACAUUGACUGUCAAAGAAUGUGUAAAAAUCACAAGAGAAUUAAAGGAUGUGACAGUGAUAACGGGCGAGGAUGCUAUCUUCCUGUGUGAGGUGUCUCAUACAGGGGUUACGAAUGUCGAGUGGUGGCUCGGCUCCAACCACCUUCAAAACAAUGACUUGAAUCAAAUCAGCUGCCGAGGGAGGGAACACAGCCUAGUGCUGAAAAUGGUCACACCCGAUGACUCAGGUGAUGUUGCCUUUGUGGUUGGCCCUGAGAAGAGCGUCGCCUACUUGUUGGUGCAGGAGAAACCCAAAGUCAUAUUCUUAGAGAAGCCUCUGGACUUAACUGCCAAAGAGGGUCAAACAGUCACACUGUCCUGCAUGACUUCUGACCCUGAGGCCUCUGUCACCUGGUACAAAGAUGAAGUGAUGAUAAAGGCAGGGGGGCAGUAUCUGCUUUACAAGGACAGAGCUGUCCAUCAGCUCCGCAUCCUUAGAGUGGAGGAAGGAGAUGCAGGGUUGUAUACAUGCAAAACCAAAGAUGCAGAAAGCUGUGCCACCCUUACUGUUAAAGGUCAACCUGCAUACUUCCGGAAGGAGUUAGACAACCAGAAUGCAAUAGAGGGAGAAAGUAUCACCUUGCGCUGUGAGCUUUCUAAGCCAGUUAAAAGUGUAGAGUGGAGAAAGGGUGGAGUGGUGCUCCAACCCAGUAAGAAAUUUGAAAUGAAAAAGGAAGGGUGUGUGCUGGAGCUCCAUGUCCAUGAUCUGGAACCAGAGGACAAUGGCUACUACACUUGUGAUGCUGGAGACCAGUUGACCACAGCAUCAGUCACUGUGCAAGAGGCUGAGGUUCUCAUAGUGUCGGGUAUAAAGAAUACAGAUGUGUUUGUGGGCGAACAGGCAAUUUUCUCCUGCCAGCUCUCUCGCCGUGCCAAAGGCAGAGUUCAGUGGUGGCUAGACGGCACUCGUUUGGAGAACAGUACCUUCAGUGAAAUGAGUGUGGGUGAAGACCAUGUCCACACUCUCACCCUAAGGAACCUUUCUCCCAAUGAUUCGGGUACAGUCCUGUUCAAAACAGGUGGCCUGACAUCCUCCGCCAAGCUGUUAGUGAAAGAUCCCAAUGUGGAGGUGGUCAGUGCCAUGGAGGACCAACACGUAGCAGAAAACCAGCCAGCAGAGUUCAUCUGUCAGUACUCCCGGCCAGUCAAGGCCGUAUGGAAGCGAAACGGCAUACCUGUGCAAGCAGACGGUCGCAGGGUGAUAGUGGAACAGGACUGGACUGUUGCACGGUUGUACAUUAGCUGUGCAGAGCCCCAGGAUGGGGGAAUGUACUCCUGUGAGGCAGAAGGAACCUCUGUCAUGGCACAUCUCAGGGUGCAAGCUAAACCAAUUGACAUUCUUCAAGAGCUGAGUGACGUGGAGACCAUUAAUGGUGGGGAAGCACUUUUUGAAUGCUCCUUGUCUCGUCCUGAAACCAAGGAUUGCCAGUGGUUAAUCGAUGGCAAGCCUGUAAAGGAGUCCGCAAACGUUGAGAUUGUUUCCUUUGAGAGUGGUAGACGCCAUCUUCUGCUUUUAAAGGACUUGCAUCCUUGUGAAAACACAAGGGUUACAUUCCAAGCCGGCACUUCAUCAACUACUGCUCUUCUGUCUGUCAAAACUUGGCAACUGGAGGUGGUCAAGCCUUUGGAAAAUAAGACUGCCAUUGCAGGAGAACAAGUUGAGUUCACUUGUGUUUUGAAUGAAGCUGUGCCUGAGAGUGAAGUGACUUGGUAUGCAAAUGGUGUUGAGCUAAAAUGUAAUGACCAAUGGGCCAUGAGAGCAAGUGGCUCUUCCUACAGCCUAAUUUUGAAGAAAGCCCAUGCUCAGCCCACACAGGAAAUAACAUUUGCAGCACGGGAUGCCUUAUCAAUGGCCAAACUCAUCACAAUAUCUGUGCCUGAUCCUCCUGAAGACCCAGAGCUGGUUAGUAAAGGUCCAGAGUUUGUCACCUUGUCUUGGUUCACGCCCCUUAGUGAUGGAGGAAGUCCAAUCACUGGUUACCGUGUGGAAAUGCGUCUAGUAGACAGUGCCCUCUGGCUGCCCUGCCACACAGAACCGGUAUGCAACACUGAAUUUCUGGUUGAAAACCUCAUACCUGGGGCAGGUUACAGGUUCAGAGUGGCGGCCAUCAACCGUGCUGGUGUUGGAGAGCCUGUUCAGCUGCCUCAAACUGUGACACUUGAUGCACCAGUGACCAUGACCAAAAUGUUAAGCAGCUCUAAGAUCCAAAAAGGAAAGAUGGUUCGUUUGGAGUGUGAACUUUCUACAGAGAGCAAAUCAGUCACAUGGCUAAAGGACAACAGAGAGAUAGAUUUUGGGGUCAAGUACCAAAUGGUAACAGAAGGAAAGAGCCAAGUUUUGCUCAUAAAGGAUUUCCAGUCUAUAGAUCAGGGUGUCUAUUCUUGUGUAGCCUCAGAAGAGGCAAAGACUUCAAUCAACCUCAACCUCGAAGGAGAUGACACAACCCUUUCUCAGGAUGCAGGCAGCCAGCCCAAACUGCCUCCUGAGGCGGCUUCUGAGGGAGAUUUACAUGCUCUAUGGGAUGCAGUGGCCAAGAAGAGGAGAAUGAGUCGGGAACCCACGUUAGAUUCAAUUUCAGAGUUGCCAGAAGAAGAUGGAAAAGAAAAAGCCCAGAGCAAAGAGGGAAAAGUAUCUGAAAAGGAAGUGAUACCUGCUGAACCAACUCCUAAUAUCACUGGGGAGCCUAAUCUCUAUACAAGUUCUGAUGAGGAAUCUCUCAGUGGGACAACAAGCUUGGUGUCUUACCUAAAGAAAAGCAGCCAGUCCUCUAUGACUGUGGAAAGUCACACUGAGACUAUUGCCUCCAAGAAACUGUAUGAGCACUUCCAGAUGACAGAGCAAUCUGUUACAAAGACAUCUGUGGAACCUGUCAUGGAAGCUCCGAAAGGGGAUGAGUUGCUAGAGGCUGCUGUCAAGAUUCAGGCAGCCUUCAAAGGUUAUAAAGCCAGGAAGGACAUGCGACCAGUCUUCAAAGAAGUAUUUAAGGAUCAGUCUAAGGAGCCCAAUGGGACAAUUCAUCUCGAGUGCAUUGUGGAGGGUAAGCCAGAUAAAGUUCGCUGGCUGAAAGAUGGUGAACCCUUAACAGAUGGCAAGCACCAUCAUAUUGACAUCUAUAAUGAUGGCACCUGCUCUCUAGUAGUGACAGCUGCCACAACCAAAGACACAGGUGUAUAUACUUGUGAAGUAACCAAUAAGUUUGGUAUUUCCACCCAUAGUGGCAAAGUCACUGUCGGGUCACUGCGGGAAUCUUCUGGGCGACGCCCCCUCACUCUGGGCUACAGUGCAGAUAGCGAAGCUGAGAGCUCCUCAGGGAGUGAAAUGGAUGAGACUUUACGGCAAGCAAGCAAACGAUUACGGCGACUUCUUCGUACUUGUCUCCCCCCGGAUGUGGAAGAGGAACCGUUUGUUAGUGCAGAUGAAGGAGAUUUACCACCAACGGACCUAAAAUCUUACCGGGAAGAUGAUCAGUAUAUCUACAUACGUUUUGAUAAUCGUGCAGAAGCUCAAGUAGCUUCCCAGCGCUUCCAGGAAAUGUUUACUUAUCAAGGAGUGCCAAUCGAAACAGCCAUCAUAGCAGUAGCAGGUACUAAGGUAGAGCUGCGUAUCACAAAGAUGGGUUUCUCCCAAGAUGGCUCCCAAACCCCAACUCAGGAGCGACCGAUGCCUGCUUUCAUGACAGGACGCCCUGCGGCACCCGUCUUCUUGACGGAGCUCCGUAGCCAAGAUGUUCCUGAUGGGUUUCCAGUCAGUUUUGACUGUGUAAUUGUUGGCAAUCCUCCACCCACUGUGAGAUGGUUCAAGGAUGGAAAGAUAUUGGAGGAAAGCGACCACUACAUGAUCAAUGAAGACCAGGAAGGCCAUCGCCAGCUGAUCAUCACAGCUGUGCUGCCCACAGACAUGGGCGUGUACCGAUGCAUGGCUGAAAAUGACAGUGGCAUCGCCUCCAGCAAGGCUGAGCUGAGGGUGGACAUGUCUUGCAGCUCAGACUAUGACACAGCAGCCGAUGCCACAGAGACAUCUUCCUAUGUCAGUGCUAAAGGUUAUGUGUCUAGCUCCGAGCACAGGGACACGGAGGCUUUUGAGUCGGUGGCAGAGGACGAGCAGCUUCCUCAAGUUGUGGAUGAGUUACAUGAUUUAUUCCUCAGUCCCGGAGCACCCAUUGCCAAAAUGAGUUUCAGGGUUAAAGGAUUUCCUACACCAAGGGUUUACUGGUUUAAGGAUGGCACCCCACUCCAAGCCUCCAGCAGAAUUGUAUUGUCAAGCGAGCGAGAUCAGCACAGUCUUGAGAUUUUAGAUGUUAAGCACGAGGACACUGGAGAAUACUCAGCAUACAUUAGCAAUAUAGCUGGCUCUGCCUACUCUUCAGCACAUCUGAAUGUACAGGCUCCUGGAGAGCACCCCGCACCUGAACAAGGACGGAUGAGAGAUUCAAAGGUGCCACUUGUACCACCACGCUUCCUGGAGAGGUUCAGCAACAAGAAGGUGAAACAGGGAGCAAGUAUAACGCUGUCAGUCAAAGUGGAAGGCUCCCCAACCCCAUCUGUAAACUGGUUAAAGGAAGUGUCAGAUAAGGAUGUUCUGUGGAUAAAGGCAGACACACCAGGUUACAAGGUGGCCAGCUCUGGCCGUCAACAUAGUCUCAUCCUCAUGGAAGUGGAAACAAAACAUGGCGGCAUGUACACUUGCAUUGCCACCAACCGUGCUGGACAAUCAGUCAACACAGCCCGACUGGAUGUGGAGACAGCACCAGAGCAAAAGAAAGUGGGGCCAGAGGUUCUGGGAAUUACUAUCAGCCCACCGGAGGAAGAGGGCAAAGGAGAGAUCAAACUACCUUCCAUGGGUGAAGUGGGUACAGAGGAGUUCUUACAAAAACUCACAACCCAAAUCACAGAAAUGGUAUCUGCCAGAAUUACUCAAGCUUCAUUGCGUGUCCCAGGACCUGACAGCGAUGAUGAAACAAAAACACCAUCCCCAUCUCCAUAUCACGGCCGAUCACGGCCUCCAUCUCUGAUCGCAGACUCCUCAUCUGAGUCAGAUGAAGGAGAUGCCCGAGGAGAGAUGUUUGAUAUUUAUGUGGUGACCGCUGACUACAACCCCAUGGGGGUCAGUAAAGAUGCCAUCGCUCUGAAAGAGGGCCAGUAUGUGGAGGUUCUGGAUUCUGCCCACCCACUUAAAUGGCUGGUCCGCACCAAGCCCACCAAAUCCAAUCCAUCUCGCCAGGGAUGGGUCUCACCUGCGUAUCUCGACAAAAGACUGAAGCUGUCUGCAGAUGUUGCAGACCUCCCAGAGACCACCAGAGAAGAAGUCACAGAGACAGAGUACAAGAAGAAACUUUGUCAACUCGUCCAGGAGCUGAUUAGCACAGAAACUGAGUUCCUGAAGGAGAUGGAGUUCUUCACAUCACACCAUCUGAAGCGUGUGGAUGAAGAGAGCACACCAUCUGAAAUCACCAGUCAGAAGGAGACCAUCUUCCGUAAUAUCAAUGAUUUGAAAUCCUUCCACAGCAGUUCUUUGCUGCCUGGUCUGCGUGACUGUGACACAGAUGAUGACAUUGCCAUGCAUUUACUGAGAAACUCUGAAGGGUUUGAGAAAUAUUUGCAGUACCUCAUUGGACAAUUGCAAGCGGAGUCCGUCAUCAGUGAGAAAGAAGUUCACCAAUAUUUCAAGAAGUAUACGGUCUCAGAGUUGGCAAAUGUUGACCCCUCAGAGGGUCCAGUGCUAAGCAUCAACGCUUACCUUCAGAGACCACCAGAGAGAAUUCAGAAGUACAGAGCUUUACUGAAGGAAUUGAUCCGGAACAAGGCGAGGAACGGUCAAAACUGCUGUUUGUUGGAGCAGGCCUAUGCCAUGGUGUCGUCCCUCUCCCAGCGUUCAGAAAACACACACCAUGUCUCUCUCAUAGAGAACUACCCCGCCAAUCUGGAGGCGCUGGGAGAACCUAUUAGACAGGGGCCCUUCACUGUUUGGGAAGGAGCUCCUGGAAUUCGAACAUCUUCCAGAGGUCACCACCGCCACGUUUUCCUCUUCAAAAACCAUGUGGUCAUCUGCAAACAGAAGAGAGACACGAACACAGACACCCAAGCAUAUGUGUUCAAGAAUAUGAUGAAGCUUACAAACAUCGAUGUGAACGAGACGGUAGAGGGUGAUGAAAGAGCGUUUGAGAUCUGGCAUGAGCGGGAGGACUCCGUGAGAAAAUACACGUUGCAGGCACGGACUGUUAUCAUCAAGAACUCAUGGCUGCGUGACCUCCGUGACCUUCAGCAGCGCCACAGCAUGCCAGCAUGGAGCCCUCCAGAUUUUGACGCGGUGUUGACAGACUGCACAGCAGAGCUCGGACAGACAGUAAAGCUCGCAUGCAAGGUCACUGGUGCUCCCAAGCCACAGGUCACCUGGUACAAAGACGGGCGUGCCGUGGAAGCGGAUCCUCAUCACAUCAUCAUUGAGGACCCAGACGGCUCUUGCACACUCAUUUUGGACAACAUGACAGCAGAUGACUCAGGACAGUACAUGUGCUUCGCCACCAGCUCUGCGGGCAACGCCAGCACACUAGGCAAAAUCACUGUGCAGGUACCUCCACGUUUUGUGAAUAAGAUCCGGAAUGCCACCCUAUAUCCAGGAGAAGAUGCUCAAUUCACCUGCACCAUCCAGAGCGCACCGAGUCCCAAGAUAAGAUGGUUCAAGGAUGGUAAACUGCUGACAGACCAGGAGAAGUUUCAAACAUACAGUGAACCGCGCAGUGGAGUGUUGGUUCUAGUUAUCAAGAACCCUGGAGAACGAGACCUUGGACAUUAUGAGUGUGAGCUGUCGAACCGUCUGGGCAGUGCCAGGUGUGCGGCUCAGCUGAUCACUCCUGCUGUGGCAAUGGCACGAGAACGUAGAGCAGAUCAGGCCAUCAGUAUAGAAGUAAUGGAGCAAGAGACGAAAAUACCGAAGAAAACCAUAAUUAUUGAGGAGACCAUCACCACAGUGGUGAAGAACACCCGUAUGAAACGGCACGCAUCCCCACGACCAUCACCCAUGGGAGCUCACCGCUCAGAAACAUCCACACCUGAACCGCCCAGACAGAGACGAACCCUGGCCAGGAAGACCGUACCAACACUGUACGUUCCUGAGCCGGAGGGUGCCACGGCCAGGAACCCAAGAUGGGUAGAAGUCGAAGAGAUAAUAGAGUAUAAAGUGAACAAAUCACCCAAGAUACCAAGAAGAAGAGGCGUUUCCCCCAGCAAGAUCUCACCACCUGGCAAUCCAAACACUAAUAACUCCAACAACAAGUUACUCGAGGAGGCAAUGGGUGCCACAAUGGCUCUGCAAGGUUCUUCUGGUACGGAUGAAGAGGAAAUUGCACAGAAUGUGUCUGAAGUACCUUCAGAGGUCGACAAUAUGACUACAUACUCAGGAGAAACUGAUGACCCAUGUGUCUCUGAUGGAGAUGAUGAAGGAACUAUUGUCGUGGAACCCGAAGAUGAUGAAAUUGAUGCUGGAGACCACAAAAUGCUGACUGAUGGAAAUCGAGUUCUUAAUCUUGAAGAUCUCGAGGACUACAUUCCUCGGGAAGGGGAAACAUUUGGCAGCGGUACAGACCAUCAUGUCCUCGACGAGAAACCAUGUGAGAUCGCGGUGUUGCAGAGAGAAAUUAACGAGCCUGUCAUUGGUAAACCCAUUGUUUUGAACGUGGUACGUCCGGUGCCACCAGCAAAGCCUCGCAUGGGAUUCUUUGGGUCCUUCAAGGAGCACAUCUCCAGCAUGUUUAGUCCAGGUUCAUCGGCGAGCGGCAGCUCUCAGGCAAGGCGAGAGAAGACAAUACCUAUUCUUGUGAUGGGACAACCUUCAUCCAGCUAUUCAUGCCAUACCAGUAGCUUUGCGAGGCUUGAAGUCCAGCCGACUUACUGCUCCGAGGUCCAGAGAGGAAAGGAAGGAGGUCUUCAGAGCUUCAAAACGCAGGUUUCCGCACAAACCCGCAGCUACACGCCAACCGGACAGGUCACUCUUAAGAUCAGCAAGAAGAAGCCAUUUGAGAAGCAGUAACCGAGAGGAAACCGCUUGUUUCCAGCAUGCAAUAUCAGGAACAUAAAAGUAGGCUUAGUCUUAAAUGGGAACACUUCUGUAAAAUCUUGCAAUCUGGGAGUGCAAUUCAAUAGCGAAGCAUCUUCUAACAGCAGAUCAUUCCAUUUUGAAGCCAACGAUUCGCUUGCCAAACUCAAUGAACUAAAGAAGACUUACUCAUUUCUUGAGUUCCCGUGAGCAAAUGUGCAGCUGUGCUUCAGAACGGCAAGUCUGAUACAACAUGAAUGUGCAAAUAUCGACAGUAAAGCUGUUUUUCGUCUAAAACAGAGGUGUCCAAUCCUGUCCCUGGAGGACCAACAUCCUGCAGAGUUUAGCUUCAUCCAGCUCCAACACAGUUGUCUGGAAGUUUCCAGUAAGUCUGAAGACCUUAAAUAUCAGGUUCAGGUGUGUUUAAUUAGGGUUGGAGCUAAACUUUGCAGGAGAAGUGUCCCUUCAGGAACAUAUUUGGACACCGCUGGUCUAAAACAGAGGUUGUCAACUCUGGCCCAUGAGGUCCACCUUUAACUCUAACCUUGAUCAAACUCACCUUUCUGUAACUUUCUAGUAAGUCCUUGAUUAGUUUGUUCAGGUGUUCGAUUUGAGUAGGACCUAAACACCUUCUGAGAAUCCUUGUACUAAAAAACACGUGUCUGUGUAUGUCAAGAAAUCCAAAUUUUGACUCCAAAAAUAAGAUUUUAUCUGAAUUAAAUGUAUGUGCUGUAUGGAAUUAAUACCUCAGCAAUACAUAUAUAUAUUUGUGUGUUUUUCAACAUCUAAAAGCCAGAGCAACUUUUUCUUUCAAGUUAAUUGCAUGAGUUGUUCUUUGGAGUAAUACACUGUGGCUUGUUGAAUCUGAGGUCUAUGUUUAUGUAUCAGAACUCCUGAAUAUGUAAUCAUGCACUGAAGACUAUUCAAUGUGGUCAGCAAUGACUUCGAAAGGAAUAGAUGUGGGAGAUCUUAAGACUUAAGAACCAGAACACAAAAUCUAUUUAAUGACUUUAGAAGAUUUAUUUUAAAAAGUAUUUCUUGUGCAACAUGACUUUAAGCACAUAGUAUUUACAGAUUUAAAAAGAUUUGCGAUUUACUGGAGUAAUACUAAUAUAUAUAUAUAUAAUGUGUUUGAACUUAAUACAAACACAAAUUUUGUCAACCAAAAUUUGCAUGUGUAACAAUUUGUAUUGUUUUGUGCAUCACAUGGUUUGAAAAGUUUUGGUAAAAGCAAAAUAAAUUAGGACUGCCAAGGGUGUUCAGCAGAAAAAAAAAAAAGAAAAAAAAAAAAAGAAA